AUGGUUCUUGAAACUUUAUCAAUGGAAACAAAGCUUAGAGAAGAGGAGGAUGUUGAGGUUGAGCUUGAGCUAUGUCUUUCUCUGGGAGGUCCUUUCAAGAAAGCAGACAAAACUCAACCGAUAGAAUGUUGUCCGGACGGUAAUUCUAUCGCCGUCAGAUGCGUUAACGGCGAGGUCAAAGAGACGAGGAAGAAACGGGAAGCAAAGGAGCAGCAGAGAAGCGGAGGAGAAGGAGAGUGCAAGAAAAUCAGAACAGGAUGUAAAGAAGUUAUUAACGGCGUGGAUUUGGGUUUGGACUUUGGUGAUUUGGGUAACGGGUACGGGUCGGGUCAAUAUAAGGAGAACAGUAAAGGCGUUACAAACGGGUCACCCAUUUGCAGCACGUCCGACGUUUCCGAUCCAAGCAGCUCUCCCUGCCAAGAAGGUGGAAGCUGCGAACUUGGUGUAAAUUCUAACCAAACCAAACCGGUUAAUUCUCCGGUUAUUAACACUCUAACCAGUAAAGAGGAAACUGCGUGGAGCAUGGACGGUCCAAAUGAUGAGGUGGUAUUGGAGACGCAAGAAUAUUCCAACUCUGUAGCCAAAGAAACUGGAAAGCCUCCAAAACCUCGUCCAAACACCAACGGAGUUAAGGGCAGUUUGCUUCCGUUUGUUCAGAUGCCGUGCGUGACUAGCACCGGUAACGGACCUAACGGCAAAACUGUAAAUGGGUUUCUUUAUCGGUACUCAAAAUCAGAGAUCAGUAUAAUAUGUGUCUGUCACGGAACAUCAUUCUCGCCUGCUGAGUUCAUCAUACAUGCUGGUGGGACCAAUGUCUCGCAUCCCUUGAGACAUAUAACUGUUGUUCCGUCAACGUUUUAAAAACACUUUUGUUUUUCUGUUGUUGAUACCUUACGUUUUGUUUGUGUAUAUGUUUAAUUAGCUAAUGGUUUUCUUUGAGUUUAAAGGGACUCGUGAUCUAGUUUCUGAC